AUGACACGUUUCACGGUCACGUUAAAAAAAUUAUUUUUUCCCAAAAAAAAACAUUUUUUAUUUUUGAAAUGAAAAAAAAACGUGACCGAGUCGGUUUCUAGGCCACAUUUUAUCGGCCAAAAACGAAUAAAAAUUCUUGCAGAUCGUGCUCCUUCUAAAUUCCGAAACUCGUCAAGAAGCCGAAGAUUUUCGCCCAAAAAUCGCAGAAUUUCAACAAAUCCUCCCCGAAAAUAUUGAAUUUAUUCUGGCACAUCGUGCAUUUUCAAUCGAUUCUUCAAAUUCCACUUCCUCGAAUGAUUUCGGCCUCUCAAAUAUUGAAAAAUAUCAUGAAAUUGUGAAUUCGAUGAAAAAUACGACGUAUCGAUUGGAAUUUGAGCGAAUUUUGAAGGAGAAAUGUUUGAGGAAUCUGGCAAAAUCGACGGGAAUUUAUAAGAUUAUGUUGGCUGAUGAUGCAGAUGAUUUGGGACGAUUGACAUUGGCGCAAUUGUGCUUGGGAAGAGGUAUUUUUUGAAAAAAUAUUGUUGGAAAAAUAUUCACUGUUUCAAAAAUUGUCGGAAAACGAAGAAAUUUCUAGAGAAAACGUUUGUUCUGUGGUUUGGUCAAUUAAUAUUACAAAAAAAUCACUGUUUCAAGAAGUUUUCGAAUUUUUGAACAUUAUUUGAGUAAUAAUGGUGCGAUGAUAUAGAAUAUUAUGAUAAUUGAAUAUUUUUAUGAAUUUUUUGAUUAUAAUAACUCGCCGCAUUCUAGAUGGUUUGAAAACCCGAACAAUAUUUCACUGUUUCAAAUUUAUCUAAUAUAUUUGAACUUAUGUCGGAGUAUAAUCACAUUUUUGAUUCAGUUAUUCAAAAAAAAAAUUCACUGUUUCAAUAUUUUGUUCAAUAAUCGGUUCAAAAAUUCAAACUUUAUUCAUUUAUUCACUUCACUGUUUCAAAAUUUCCCUAAAUUUCAGAGAAUAUUUUGAUUCAUGCUGCUUCGAACCUUUCUUUCCAAAAAUUCAAACAUUUUUUCAGGCGGUUCAUUGUCUUCUCUGGUCUCAGUUUUUGACAAACGCACUUCUUCUUCUCUCAUUUUCAUUCGUCCACUUCGAGAAAUCAGCAAAAAAGAAAUAUCGCUCGUAAAUCAACUUCAAGAAUACAAAUCCAUCGAUUUUCCUGCGAAUUUCUCGAAAAUUCCCAAUUCUUCUAUUCAAAAGCUCACCGACGAUUUUGUGAAUAUUUUGGAAGGCGAAAAAUUCUAUGUGAGUUUCUUUUGAAUUUCCGCGUUGAUUUUAGGCUCUUGAUUCCAUAAAAAUCAAUAAUUUUGCAGUCCACAAUAAAUACGGUAUUAUCCACCGCCGGCAAAAUUCACAAUUUAUCCGAAAAUUUCAAAAAUAUUUGCAAAUUUUGCGAAAUCGAAAAUUGCUCGGAUUGUUUGUGCGAAACUUGUCAACAAAUUCAAAUCGAUUGCUCAUUGUUAAAUUUGGUCCAAUUUUCUUAA